CAGGGUUCAGCGGAUUCCUACACGAGCAGGCCGUCUGACUCCGAUGUCUCUUUGGAAGAGGAUCGGGAAGCGAUUCGGCAGGAGAGAGAGCAGCAGGCCGCCAUCCAGCUUGAGAGAGCAAAGUCCAAACCCGUAGCAUUUGCUGUGAAGACGAAUGUGAGCUACUGUGGUGCCUUGGACGAGGAUGUCCCUGUUCCAAGCACGGCCAUCUCCUUCGACGCCAAGGACUUUCUCCACAUUAAAGAGAAAUAUAACAAUGAUUGGUGGAUAGGAAGGCUGGUAAAAGAAGGCUGCGAGAUUGGCUUCAUCCCAAGUCCACUUAGGUUGGAGAACAUACGGAUUCAGCAAGAACAAAAGAGAGGACGUUUUCACGGAGGGAAAUCCAGUGGAAAUUCUUCUUCAAGCCUUGGAGAAAUGGUAUCAGGAACAUUUCGAGCAACUCCCACAUCGACAGCAAAACAGAAGCAAAAAGUGACGGAGCACAUCCCCCCUUACGAUGUUGUGCCAUCGAUGCGUCCAGUGGUGUUAGUGGGGCCGUCACUGAAGGGUUAUGAGGUCACAGACAUGAUGCAGAAAGCCCUCUUUGAUUUCCUGAAGCACAGGUUUGAUGGGAGGAUAUCAAUAACGAGAGUGACAGCUGACAUUUCUCUUGCUAAGAGGUCUGUCCUAAAUAAUCCCAGCAAGAGAGCAAUAAUUGAACGUUCGAACACUCGGUCCAGCUUAGCGGAAGUACAAAGUGAAAUUGAAAGAAUCUUUGAGUUGGCGAGAUCUUUGCAACUGGUAGUUCUUGAUGCAGACACCAUCAAUCACCCAGCACAACUUAUAAAGACCUCCUUAGCACCAAUUAUUGUUCAUGUAAAAGUCUCAUCUCCAAAGGUUUUACAGCGGUUGAUUAAAUCUAGAGGAAAGUCCCAAAGUAAACACUUAAAUGUUCAACUGGUGGCAGCUGACAAACUCGCACAAUGUCCCCCCGAGAUGUUUGAUGUUAUACUAGAUGAAAACCAGCUGGAGGAUGCGUGUGAACAUCUGGGAGAGUACCUGGAGGCCUACUGGCGUGCCACUCACACGGCCAGCAGCACCCCCAUGACCCCGCUGCUGGGAAGGAAUUUGGGCUCAACAGCACUCUCGCCAUAUCCCACAGCCAUUUCUGGGUUACAGAGUCAACGCAUGAGGCACGGCAACCACUCCACAGAGAACUCACCAAUUGAACGACGAAGUCUAAUGACCGCCGAUGAAAAUUAUCACAAUGAAAGGGCGCGAAAGAGUAGGAACCGCUUGUCUUCCAGUUCCCAGCAUAGCCGAGAUCACUACCCUCUGGUGGAAGAAGAUUACCCUGAUUCCUACCAGGACACUUACAAACCCCACAGGAACCGAGGAUCGCCCGGGGGAUACAGCCAUGACUCUCGACAUAGGCUUUGAGUCUGCAGAAACAAACAAAAAAUUCAUCUGUUGACAAUUUGCCAUAGCACUGCUAGGAUCCAACCAAUCAUCUUGGCAAGUCAGCACAGUAUUGACUGUGCUUGUGGGCUGCUGGCAUUGAUGCUAAGAAGG